AUGCAGAAUCCCUGCUAUGACAACCACCAGGAGGGCGGAGGACCAGUCAACAACCAAGGAGAUAAUUAUCACCUUGAUGAAGAGGCUAACGAUAGCCUAUUUACUGAAAGGCUAAUGAACUUGGCAAUACCGCUGAGACUCAAGAGUGCCAAGAUACCACCGUACGACGGAAGUCAAGACCCAGAGGCCCAUUUAGAGGCUUUCAAGACCGAGAUGUUGUUCAACGGGAUCACUGGACCUAUUAAGGCCAGAAUCCUCGCAACAACCUUGACAGGUCAAGCAAUGGCUUGGAUAACCAGGCUCCCUAGGAACUCGAUCGACUCGUUCGAGGACCUAGCCCGAACAUUCCGACUAAACUUUGCAACAAGCAAAGCACAUCCAAUGCCGGCCUACGCUCUGAGAAGAAUCCGGCAAAAGGAGAAUGAAUCGUUGAGGAAAUACCUCGACCGGUUCAAGGAUGCCGCCCUCAAGGUUCGGAGCCUAACUGAAGCAAUGCACCUCCACCUAAUCAUCUCGGGAUUAGAUGGCGACUCUCCACUUGCGAAGUCCAUCUAUAAGAACCCGGUCAAUGAUCUGGAAGAGUUUCGACGAAGGUCGGAUAAAUACAUUGAUGUGGAAGACAUGCAAAAAGUCUACGUCGAGUCCCGAGGACGCAGUCCGACACGACGAAGCCCGAGUAAGAAAAACAACAAAGAUCAGGACCAGCGGGGAUCGAAGAAAUCGAAGGACACUCGUGAUAAGAGGUCGGAAGAUCGGUCGCCAAGGAGGAAAUAUGAUGAUUACACGCCCUUGAACAUGUCCAGAUCUUGGAUAUGGAAAGAGGUGACCCAGACUGAAAUGCGCAAUGUCGAGAGACCUCGACCCCUCAAAGCCAAUAGUGGAUUGGAUAGAAACAAGUACUGCGCCUUCCACGACCAUAACAAUCAUAUCACGAAUGACUGCUGGGACCUCCGAGAUGCCAUCGAAAAGCACAUCAGAGUGGGCAAAUUAAAGCAGUACAUCAUCCGAACUCAGGGCAAGAAGAAUAAUAAGCGGAGGCAGAGAAGCCGGAGCCGAAGUCGAAGCCCGAAGAGAGAGGACAAAAAAGAUCAGAAACAAGACCGCCUUGCAAAGGGCAAAGAGGUCGAAGAUAAAGAUGAGUCUUUUCAGGAGGCUGAAUUUGAAUGCAACGUGAUAAGCGGAGCUCUGGGAGGAGGAGGAGACGCGGCUAAUGCAAGAAGAAAGUACCUGAAAGAGGUCAUGUCGGUAAGAGACAGGCCGACCUUCAAAGGGAAAGCCAGUGAUCCUGCUCCCCCAAGAUUGUUUUUCACUUAG